UUCAAUGUACUUAUCCUUUUUAGUAGGUAAAACUUUAAUUUUACACAAUGUCUCAGCAUUCAGAAAAAUAGUGUAUUGACGCUAGCACAACAAAUAUUGGUCUUUGCACAUCUCCUUUAAAUAAAUUUUUAUAGAAUAUGGCUAACACAAGAGUAUUAUUAGAUUUAUGGAAAGAUAAUUACAAAGCAUUAACAUUUGUAAGAAGAAACACAAAUAUUUACUAACAAAUGGCAGCUGAAUUUUCAAACACAUUUAAUAUCGUACCUCCGUUAACUGGUUAUCAAAUUCAAUCUAAAAUUAGUAAUUUGAGGAAGCAAUUUAGACGAGAAAAACUUCAAGUUGGUUCAUCGGGAGGAGCUCCUAGUAAAUGGUGGUUUUACAAUAUUGUUGCCAAAAUAAUAGGUGGUGAAGCUUCCCUUGACAAUGAUCUUUUAUCUCAAAGUCAAAACUUUUCUACUCAAGAUUUUCAAGAUGGUCAGAUUGCCACAAUGGAAGAUGGCAAGGAGACUGUCAGUAUUUUAAAUAUUGAAGCUUUGGAUGAUACAAGUGAUGUGCAAUCAAUUGUCACUAUUCCUGAUGAGGAACUGACUCAAUCUACAUCCAGCUGCAAUAAACGAAGGAACUCUGAUGAUAAAAAAACUUUGAAUAAAAUAGCAAAAACUGAACCGGUGAGAAAAAAUAAAAAAACAAAUUUUACUUCUGAAUACUUAAAAAUAGCAAAUAAAAGUCUAGAUGUUCAAAUCCGUUCACAAGAGCUACGAAUCAGAGAGGUUGUUGCUUUAGAGCGUAUUUGCGAUGCAAUUGAAAAUGCAUCUAAAGCCCAAGUAGAUGUGUCUAAAGCCCAAGUAGAACAUUAUAAACUUUUAACAAAAAAAUAA